AUGUCAAUCAUCCAGCAACACACCGCCGCCACGCUCGGCGACGCCUGGCGCACCGUCAACAUCGACAUCCUCAACGAGGACUCGAGCGUCAACUUUGACACGACGACGCUGCACCCGCCGCAGCCCGAGAUCAGCGAGGCCGACGUGCGCAACCUGUCGACGCAGGUGCGGCAGCUGCUGCGGGGGGGCGAUGCGGAGGGUGCGCUGAGGGGAUGCCUGGAGACGCCGGUCUAUAACGGGGUGGACGCAGCAAAGGAGGCGCAUUUGCAGACCCUCAUCGAGGUGCUGCAGUCCAUCAAGGCGAGCGACAUGACGCCGCUGCUCAAGGGCAUCUAUGCGGCCCCCGGCGGAAGCGAGCUGCUCGACGUGCUCAUGAAGUACAUCUACAAGGGCAUGGCCGUCGGCGCUCCCGCAACCGCCGGCCUCAAGUCCCCCGCGAAGAUGACCCCUCAAUCCACCGGCUUCAGCCAGGUCGGCUCGCGCCCCGGCGUUGCCAACGAGUCCGCGUCGGCGGCCAUGAGUGUCUUGUUGAGCUGGCAUGAGAAGUUGGUGGAGGUUGCUGGGCUGGGAUGCAUUGGCCGGACGAUGACCGAUUGGCGAAGAGUAUAA